AUGCUUCUGGGUACACUGUGCCGGUGGAGUAAGCGUACACCUGGAUAUGUAUUUUGGCGGCAGAGCACACUUGUAGAGUUAGAGCACGCCAAGCGCAGUUAUUUACUCUCUGAACGUCCAUUGCCCAUUGCAGAUGUUGCGCGGCGUAUGGUGCGUGUAAAGGCACGCUAUCUUGACACAAAUGACUUUCAUGAACAGAACCUUCUUCGUGGGGAGUAUAAAUACUUCUCUGGAAAACUCUGUGAUAUUCGUCAUUCCCGUCCAGAGGAUAUGAUUGCAUAUGUUGAGUGUGGUUCUUUCUUUGGUUUUUGGGAUACGGCGCAGAUGGAUAGAGUGAUGGAUGAAUUACUGUUGAAAUUGGAGGAAUUAGGACCCGCAGAACUUGUACAUCUCUUCAUAUCUUUACCUUCUCUGCGAAAACAGGGAAGUAUGCUUUAUCAACAUGUGGCCCGUGCCCUUGUGGACGCCGUGCCGGAUCUUUCAUUAGAAGAAUGUAUGCGAGUAACAGCGGCGUGUGAUGAGACAACACCGCAGGAACUUGUGCAUAAUUUAAUGCGGGCAUUUGAACCGGAAGUAAUAAGUGGUGGUCUCACACCAUCACAGGCUGUGGAGUUGAUGGAUAUGUUAGGCGCAUCCACUCCCGCUAUGCAAGAGGAGUUUGAAUCCUUGUUUGAAAAGAUACGGCAGACGGCCGUGGCUGGAAUAGAUACACUCUCUUUAAUGGAUAUUGCCGUGAUGUGUACAUCGUUGAAAAUGCGAGAGAUAUUAGAUGUGAAGAUAGAGAGUGAUGCAGUACAUCAAUUUCUUCAUCGAUUAGAUGAGAGUUGUGCGAGAUCAACGGCGAUGAUGUUUGGGGCAGUUAGUAAUACACAUUCCUUUUCACAAGCCAUGGAAGAACGGGUAGUUUUUCUUGCAACCGAUUUUACACCAACCGAGUUGCUUAGUGUCUUUAGGGUGUAUAUGGAUGAUUUUACUUCCAUGUGUCUCGUUUCCUCUGGUGAUAAUCUAACAGGAAUCUCAUUAGCCUCAUCCGCAUCUUCACAGGAUGUAUUCACAAAUAGUCGUUUAGAGGAAUUGCAGUUUGCGAUUCAGCGUAAAUCAGCACUCAUGCAUGUAUUACAAGAGCUUACAGAUCAAAUGGUAACACUAUUGGAGUCUGCUGCUUCUUACAUGUCACCUUUUGCACAACUUCAACAUUUAGAAGUUUUCUACAGAGCUGUGGAAGAUCUGGAUGGAAAUGUAUCUCAACUAACAGAAUCCCUCCCACGCAUCUCUCGCUGUCUUCAUCUCCUCUCUGCAAAGAUUAUCGCCUCCGUAGGGCAGUACACUUACUCUGAACUUGUAGCGUUACUACAACUAUUCGGACCUUUAGGAAGACUCGUUUCAGAUGCGGCCGUAGGGGCUGCGGUGCAGGAACUCAGUCGGCGGGAUAUUGCGAGUACGAGAGAUGAGGCGAUGGAGUUCUGCACAGCACUGCAGCAAGUCUCGGGUCUUCGGGCGGAAUAUCAAUCUCGUAUUGUAAACCACUUGCUGCCUAAACUUCGUGAACACUGUGCGCAAGAUGGUUGA